AUGUCGCAAAGAUGGAGGUGCUCCUCCAGCGACUCUGCGGCGGAAGACAGAAAGAGGUCAAGAGAAGAGCUCGUGGCCCUGAGGACGCAAGUUAGCUCGCUGACGGAUCAGAUGAGCCAGCUAAUGUCGCUAGUGGAAGAUACCAUGAAGGCAAGCAAGAAGGAGGAGCCAGCUGGCACCAUGGAGGGUGCCGCUGAUCGCGGCGAUGCUAGGGAGAGCGCCGCCGCGGAGUCCACGAACGCCGAAGGAGGGGCACCGUGGACCGGGAGUGCGCAGGACGGGGGGUACCUGCGCGAACCUGUUCGAGAGUCUGGCCCGUCAGGUCGACACAGCAGCGAAGCAGGGGGCUUUGUCCCCCAAGAGGUGAGAGUAGCCGCUGCUCACAACCAAGAUUAUAGUAGUGCCAUGGGAGAUGGUGGUGCUGCUGUUGGCUUUGGCUACGGAGCCACAACCCCUGCGACGGGGUACCAAAGUGUGCGGUACACUUCUCCUCCGUUCAACGGGAAAUCGAAAGAUUUCAACGAAUGGCUAAAUGAUUUCCGCAUGGCAGCUAAUGGCGCAAACCUGUUGGAACAAUUUGAAGAGAGCGGGAGCUUGGAGAUCCCCGUCAACAGCGGAAAGAGCAGGUUUUCGCUGUCACAGCAGUACCGGAGCGAGCAAGUAGAGCUCGCAUUCCACGCGUGGAACUUCCUGUCUCACGCGUUGAAAGAAAAAGAUCGGAAAAUCAUGAAGAGGGCAGAGACGCCCCAGGGAGCUCUUCGUGAGCUCAACACCAUACACGACCCUGAAUCAUCUGUACAGCCGUCAGAGGACCUCAAAGGACCUCAAGUCCCUGACGUCGACCAAGAUCUCUAGACGUGAAAACCCCCAAAACGUCCUCAAUGAGAUGCUCCAAACCGCAAAGUCCUUAACCGAGACAGGACUAACUGUCAAUGAAACGUUCGUCCUUCACCUCCUCCUGGAUGCCCUUUCGGACGAGUAUGCCAUGACAAAGCACAACCUGCGACACGCGAAGGAGUUGACGCGGACCGGUGUGCUAAAGGAAGUAAUGAUCGAACACAAGGCGACCAAGGACAAGCUGGAGCAGGGGAAAGGAAAAGGGGCGAAGGGCGCAGAGCAAGCGUACUUCGCCGACGGUGAGGGCCGCAGGGAGUGGUACUCAAGUAGGAGUCAGGGGCAAGGUCGUGGUCGUAGCGGCGGCCGUGGCCGCAGCAGCAGUCGUGGCCGCG